CUCGCCACCACAAACUGCUUGAACCCCUGUUCAUUGGCCAACAAGCUUUGAGAAUUCCGCUGUAGAAUUACAACCAUCAUUAUUAUCCACUGCUACAUGGCACCGGCCUCAGCUGAUUAAGGUCAAUUUUGUACUUCACCUCAGCCCUAUCAGAUCAAGCUGUCUCUCUGUCUUUAACUAUUACCCUCUGUUGUAGACUCCAUGUUAGCAGUGCAACUGAUUGCUCCUGUUAUGAAUGUCACCAGAAAGAUUUGCUGGGAUAUUUGCCAGCAGCUGAACAGACGCUGGUAUCGUUGCGCCCGUCGGAUUCCAAACACCCGUCUAGUUCCCACAUGCGCAUCAUAGACAGAUGACGCAAGCCCGUCUGCUCGUGUGGCAUGUCAUAUCACUCCCAUUUCUGUCCCAGUCACAACUCAGCCGUGCAGAACCACGGCUCCCCCGAGUAAAACAAUGAGAAUUUGCGCUUGUUCUGGUUAGAUGCUAACUGCAUUUCGUUGUACUGUACUCGUACAGUUCAAUGACAAUAAAGUCUAAUCUAAUAUACGAAACAUGCGCCCGACCACCAACUCGGCACCCCAAACCCCACGCACUCAGCCACACCCCUUUACUUGAGACUGCCUUCAGUGUUAUUGUAUAGGCGCCACCCACCGUAUAUAAACGUGGAGUUUCAGGUGAGACCGUAUAACACCGCUUGGAAGGACUUGUGAUGUUAUCCAUGGAGAUAGUGUUUCAUUGAUAUGGCUGUUAAGUCUACUGUUUUAAGAAGCUCUCGAAUAUGAUAUGGUGUCUGUAUGCGGACGUAAAAUGUGACGAAGAGCAGAUACAAAAAUAAACUAGGAUAUUUUAAUGAACACAGUUCAAGAAGAUAUGUUUCAUUAAAAAAGUUUUUUUAUAUCACCAUCCAUUCGUCAACUUAAACACCUUCGUGUGGAUGUGUAUUUUCCGCUUCAUAAUUGCUAAUCUCAACGAGAUGGAAUUCAUUACACCAUAAACCACAGACCGUGAUUGACGAGAUGGGCAAAUGGGAGAUAUCAAUGAACCCAGUGCAGGAAUGGGGCGAGGAGUUUGAAGAAGGGGCAUUGUAUGGGAUCACCCUUCACAGAGAGCCUAUACAGAUACCAACUGAUUCCACUGAGGCCCAGCCAUGUUUUUCCUUUGUCCAGUACCGGACCUGCAAAGUGCGCAGGCUGAAGGCAGCCACCCUGAAUAGGCUGGUGAACCACCUUCUGGAUCCCUGUGUCCAGGAGCCUGGCUACAGACAGAUCUUCCUUUCCACUUACCGGUCCUUUACUACUACCAGUGCUCUCAUAGAGCUGCUCUUCCAGAGGAACGAUGUGCCUUCAGAUGUGGACAACAGUGAAUGUUACAGGAGGCCUCUUUCGCCCCUGAUCCAGACCUGGCUGGAGGAGUACAGUGAGGACUUCCGGGAUCCCCCUCACUACACCUCCUUAAGGCUGCUGUUGGAUCACCUUCACCGUCACUCCUUCUGUUUACUGGCCCAGCGCUCGGAAACUCUGCUUAAGAAGUUCCAAAGGGAAAGCACUGAGAAGGUUCGGACGUUCCUCUUUACGUCACCAGAAAUGGACACUUGCGGCCCUUGCGCCCAGGCCGAAAAGAAUCAGGGAGAGGAAUGCUCUGGGAAGGAAGACCCAGAAUGGGACCAACCACCUGAUCAAGAUGACAUAAUGGACUUCUCAGUCACAGGCAUUGCAGAACAGCUCACACGAUUGGACGCUGAGCUGUUUGAGAAGGUGGUUCCCUUCCAGUGUUUGGGCUGUGUGUGGUCCCAGAGAGACAAGAAGGAGAACCUAUGUCCUACUGUUAGCGCCACCAUCGCCCAGUUUAACUCUGUCACCAACCGGGUCAUCACCUCCCUGCUCUGCUGGCCCACCUCCACCAACUCCAGCCCCACCUCUGUCCGCAGGGCCUCCAGCCCAGCUCAGAGAGCUCGUGUCAUUGAGAAGUGGAUUAGAGUGGCUCAGCAGGAAUGUCGGCAGCUGAAGAAUUUCUCGUCUUUGAGAGCCGUCCUGUCUGCUCUUCAAUCCAAUGCUAUAUACCGGCUUAGGAAGACCUGGGCUGCUGUGUGUAGGGACAGUAUGGCCAUUUUUGAUAACCUCUCUAAAACUUUCCCGGAUGAAAACAGAGAGAUCCUCGCGGAGGAUGGAAGCCAACCUGCCCCAGAUAACAUUUCUCCCAAGAUUUCCAAGCAAUGUCCUAUUUCCAGACAGAUGAGCAUCUCCAAUGGGACGGUCCCUUACCUGGGCACGUACCUGACCGUUCUCACCAUGCUGGACACUGCUCUGCCCGACACUGUGGAGGGUGACCUUAUAAACUUUGAAAAGAGGAGGAGGGAGUUUGAGAUUCUCUCCCAGAUCCAGCAGCUUCAAAUGUCCUGCUCCCAGUAUAAUCUGCCCCAUCACAUUAGGAUUCAUGCCUGGUUGCAGGGUCAGAAGCUGCUUACUGACCAAGAGAGCUAUGAACUGUCCAGAAACCUGGAGCCUCCAGUAGACCUCUCCUCCCCCAGUCCUUGGAGCCACCGGAAACUCAGCAGGAAACUCACCUCACUCCUAACUGGGGCAGAGGGAUCCAGCAGGAAUACCCACAUCGACCAGAUCAGUGUGUCGUCUUCAGGGUCCAGUGGCUCAGAGAUGGAAGAGCUCUCGUCCCCUCCCACCACGCUUGGAAUGCAGUCUCUGUCCAGUUCCUGUCAAAAUGUGUCUGACACAUUAUCCUGCCCCCCCGACGGCUCCAUCGCCUGCCCCCCAGACGGCUCCAUCGCCUGCCCCCCCGACGGCUCCAUCUCCUCCAGCUCUCAGACAGACACUGUUGCACUAGCUCCUGAGGCUGCCUGUCCUAAACCUACCUCGGUCUCCCAUCACAAGCGCUCAGUGUCGAUGACCUCCUUCCCCCUCUACAACAGGCAGGUGGCGGAUUCCUGCAUAGUCAGGGUCAGUGUGGAAGCUGGCAAUGGCAACAUGUACAAGAGCAUUCUGCUGACUAGUCAGGACAAAACUGCCCAGGUGAUCCAGAGGGCCCUGGAAAAACACAACCUGGAGCACAUGAGUUGCCAAGACUUCACCCUCAGGCAAGUGAUCUCCCAGGAAAGAGAGUUAAUCAUUCCAGACAAGGCAAAUGUCUUCUACGCCAUGUCUACAUCAGCAAACUAUGAUUUUGUUCUGCACCAGCGUCCAAAGAGUCAAAAGAAACCGCUGUGUGCAACCGCCAGCCUUGGACGCUAUUCAAAGUAGACUGCACUAUAUGGCAAGGAUGACGACUCCAACAGAACCAGGACUUGGCUCAAAUGUUGUUGUUUUUUGUUCAGUUUAGUAAACUCUCCGUUUUGAAAAGCAUGUUUAAAUGUCCUGCAAUGAACAGACGCCCUGUGUUGUUUUCAGUCGAAAAGGGUUGAGGGACGAUAGAAAGAGACUGGAAAGACACACACACCCAGACCACACUGUUUCCUGUCUCUUCCGAGUGACACCUGGAACAUCCCGUGGAAAACCCAGCGCGGGACUCGUAGAGAGAUUGCCUGCGGUCCCCACCAAACCCGUGAGUCUUGAAAGAGAACAGGGUCAACGGAACAGCAAAAGGGCACGUGUCACACACGGCCGCUGUUCCCACAAAGAGACCUGCCCCCCUGAGAAGUGGAUGGGAAUGUUCUGACCAGGAUCACUCUGCUGUCAUCAGCAUAUCAGCCGGUGAUAAUGAUCGGUGCCCUGAGGGGGAAAGGAGUGGCUGUCCUGACUGGCUGGGUUGCAUUCCUGACAGGCACCUACGGUCAGCUGUUGUACCCAGAGCCCUGACAUACCAUUUAGGGACACAGACCGUCUCUCGUGUAGGUCAUGGAGAGGUCGAUGAUAAUGAUGAUGCUGUGUGUUGUUAAAGGUUCUCCCUUGCAUUUCAGUGUUUGUACAUUUUCGGCUGUAGUUGUUCCCAAAGGAUAUAGGGUAGGGGACUAAUCUGUCUAUGUUCUGAACCUGACAAGGUUAUUUGAGUGUUUGAUAUCCCAGAUUGAAUAAGUCAUCACAGAUGUAAAGUUAUUUCCAUGUAUUUAAUUUGUAGUUUUUUUUUUAUUGUUCUAAGACUCUACAGCAGAUCCAUUCGUGUUUUUAAUUGUUAUGUGGACUAUAAUGCAAAUACAUAUUUUACAUUACAACACUGCACCAAAUUGGUUUUGCCAAAUUGAGAAAGAAAAUCCCCGCACUGAACAAGCCACUGUAAAUCUUAGAUGCUAGAAAUACCUCAGAGUCCUUUUGCCUGCCAAAGCAUUGACCUCAUCCAGGUGCAAGUGAGCUCCGGGUGAUGUACAUCGGGUGAUGUAGACUGUCUACUAUCUAACGACUUACAGCAAGUAAGAGUAUCUCUGUAAUUUGAUCUCUGAAUCCAGAUUGAGAUCUCCAAAUGAGCCGGUAUUUGUCUUCUCAGAAGAGGACUGUCUCUUUGGCUCCGUCAACACAGACAGCACAAUUCUUUUAUCCAUUCAUUGGUCUUGUGAGAGCUUUGACCUGAUUGGUCAAAAGACAAAGGUAAUACUAAAACCUUAAUGAAAACCUGACUGAUUCAAGCAACAGGACAUACAAAAGGCCGGCACUUUAAUUAUAAAAUGUAUUGUCUCAAAAACUCACUUUUCUGAUUAUGUGCAACAUCACAUAAAGCUCUGAACAGGUCAACACAA